GCACAGCACUCAGCCCACAACAUGGGCAGCCCCUGCUCUCCUGACCCCCACUGCUCCCCACAGACAGCUGCUAGGCAGCUCAAACACAUCCUGUGAGCACCGAGUGCUGGCAAACAGCUGGCCAUUAGCUUGACGUGAGCCUUAUCUGGGAGGGAAGUGGUGCAGAAAUCCAAACAGAAGUCAUCCCACGGGCUGGCACUCUCUUGGAGCUUGGCAGAAGGACACGCUGCUGGUGGAAGGCUGCAUCCCAAACCCUCCUGGCACCAGAUAUGCUCUUAGCAGGGCUACAAACGCUCCUUUGUGCGUAGUCCUGAUAACACACUUCAGGCUCCACUCGCGCUCCCAAGCAUCUCAACAGUUUCUGGGCCUUUUACUGACCACUGUGCCAAAUCCUUCAAGAUGGGUGACAAAGAAACCUAAAGCAAAUGUUUUGUCUAAAAUUUCCAGUCUUAAACCACUUGAGAUAAUUGCAAGUAGUAAACAGAUUAUGUAAAUCAUGACCUGCUGACAGAUAAUUCACAGAAACAACAGCUAAAGGGAUGGAACAAAUCACAGUGCUGGGCAGGUCACCGUGCUCUUCUAAGUGCUGUAGGAGACCUGAAGCAACUAUGCUGCAGCUUUCUGUGUUGGCUUCUGUUCCAGGUCACUCAUAAACCGGUUUGCAUGAUGCUGGCGAUGCCUGCCACGGCUCAUUUGUGUACAGCAGCUCUCCUGAGCUGUCAGCUCAGCCAGCAGCACAGCAGCCGUGCAGUGCAGGUCACCUCCCAUGGCCACAGGCUGUGAGUGCAGGGCUGGCUGUGCUCUCUUGGCCAUCAGCUCCCCCAGCACCUUCCUACAGGUUACAGGAAAAAGAAACAAAAGAUCGUUUGUAGUUCUGUAAUGUUACCUGCAGUUGAGGCAACAGAAUGGCAGGAGCCUGCUUUGGGUUCUUGAUCUCAUUUAAGGUCUAUGAAUGUAAGAGGCCAGGCUCUAAAACAGAGCAGGAAAAUUCUUAUUGUUUCAUGUCUCACCCGAGGUUCACACAGAAAGGCCUAAGGAUGUGGCUGGGUGUUAUAGCAGUGCUGUAGCUAUGGCAUGCCCUCAGCAUACACUUGGGGCUAUCUCUUUGUGGGGCAUAAAUUUAAAUUGUCGGGCCGUGCCAUGGAAAUGCAACAUUUGCAUUUUCCUAUCAGGAUGUGCCAGGACGUUACAGUGCAAUCACACAUCAUGAGGUAAUAAGGUGAAGAGGGAAGGAGCAGCCUAAUCUGCUGCAAAUGACUUGCUGUUAUUUAGCAUUUCGAAAGGGCACACACAGCACCGGGACACCAGAUGUCUCGGGAUCAGACGGUGUGUAAAUACUGCGGCGUCAGCUAUUUGAUACUUCAUGAAUUUAAGGUGAUGGAAGAAAAAAUAAAAGCAAUGGAAAAGGAGAUCAAGUUUUAUGAGGGAAGUAUAGAACGGGAAAAAGGACUUCAGGAAGAAUUGCAGUCUCUCUACCAAGACCUUGAACGCUGCCGAGCUGAUGGGGAAUCUAAAACAGAAAGAAUAACAAGUCUAACAAUGGAGUUAAAAAACAAACAAGAUGAACUAAAAAACGUGAAAGAAGAUUUGCGGUAUUUCCAGGAAGAAAAGGAAGCUGCCCAUAAGCAAUCCCAGGUGCUCAGAAGUACAUUGGAACACCAUUGCUCAACUCUGAGCAGGGCUGUCUGUCUGUUUCCUUUCAUCAGAAGAGAACUAGAAAGUAUUAAAGAAGUUGUGUCCAGUAACCUAGAGAGCUGGGCUGCCCUGAAAGAAGACAUUUUUCAACAAAUAAGAACUGUUAGCAAAGAAGCUUUGACAGAAAUACCCAAACUGAAUCAAAAGUUAGCAAAAUCCCAGAGGGAAAAUGAGUGCCUUCAGGAAAAGGUAAAACAUCUGACUCUGGUGGCUGAUACAGUUGAGCUGAAAAAUCAACAGCUUCAAACUUCUCUUCAGCAAGUGAGUGAGCUACAAAGCAGAUGCCAUGAGCUACAGAAGGAAACAUUAGAUUUAACUAAUCAAGUAGAGACCGCUGAACACAAGCUGCAGAAGGUAACAGCUGAGAUGGAUCACUACAGGAAGCUGCUAAUGGUGAAGUCAGCAGAACUUGACGUGUGUCAAAGUGAACUGAAAAAAAUGAAAAAUGAGAAUGGAAUUUCUGAGUCAAGACUUGCGAAAGAGCUCAAGGAAAAGGAAGAAUCUCUACUGAUUUGCCAGCAAGUUUGCAAACGUUUGCAGGAAGAGGUGGCUGAGAAGGAGAGGAGAGAAGGAGAUCUGAGAAGAAGAGCCAGUCAGUCAGAAAGUGAACUGGAAACACUUAAAGCUCUUCUCACACAGACAGAGGAAGAAGUGGUGAUGUUGAAGCAAGAAAGGGAGUUAAUGCUGAUUUCUCAUCAGAACAGAACAGAACAGCUGCAGGAAACAUUAAGGCAGAAGAUGCGGAAUGAAGAUAACUGGAGGGAGAAGGUGGAGAUUGAUCUGGCCAAAGGUGAAGCGCGGCACAAAGAAGCAAUUCUCAAAGUCAAAGAAGAAGCCAGAGUAGAACUAGACACUGAAAGACAAAAGCAGCAAGAAUUAAUCACAAAAUAUCAGAGAGAUCAUGAAGAGCUCCAGAAGAAGAUACCUGAAUUAAUAUCCAGUGCCACCGACAGCUUACGGAUGGAGGCAGAAAUUCUUGAGAAGAAGCUACAAGAUGUUCAAACCAAACUUGCAAAGAAAGAUGAAGAGAAAGAAAAAGAAAUUCAGAGCCUUAAAAGGCUGAUUACUGAACUUGAAUUUCAGCUGAAGGUGGAACAGAACAAUAACAAAUCAUUACUGGAUAAUAUGAGGAAAGAAAUUAAACACAAGUCAGAUGAACUGGAAGAAUUAGCCCAGGAGAGGACGCGGCUGAUGCACAGUUUGAGUCAAGUGCAAGAGGAGAACACUCUUCUCCAGGAAACGGUGCGCAGAGAGUGCGAGGAACGCUACGAGCUGACCGCGGCUUUGACUCAAGCCAGGGAACAAGUACUGCAACUCAGAAAGCUCAGUGGAAACUUGCCGUUAUCGCCGCGUUCCCCGGCUCAGGGCAGCGUAACCUCCCUGCGAGCUGAUUACGGACACGGCAGCCGCCCCGGCCGAGGGAGGGCCGUCCAUCCCUCCGGGCACGUCGGUGUCCCCCGAGCUGUGCAGGCACCCGCUGUCAGACCCUGCAGUGUCACUUUGCCGGCUCUCAGAGGCCGGGACACCACGGGCAGGAGGCGGCAGCGGAGCCAGCUCUGACACGUGGGGAAGCUCUGCAGUGUGUCAGCCACGGAACUGCUGGCCCUGGGCAUCGGGUGGUGCCUGAUGAACUUGAUGCGUUUCUGCAGCUGAGAAUUAAGUUACAUUCUGAUAUAUUUUUGAUGCAAUAAUGUUUAUUUGUCCGUUGCAUAUGAAUGUAAUUAAGUGCUAUCCAAGAUGGGAAAAGUGAGAAUGAAAAAAUAACUGCCUCCCUAAAAGGUGCACGUAUUCAAGAAGUGUAAUUAAAACAAUUGCCAACUUCAAAUGCUGCUCUCUCUAAAGCACCUCGCUGGAAUCUCCCCAUUCUGUGUGCUGUCCCUUGUAAUAUCAUUGUGUGCUUCUGGUGUCAAAAUGAAUUUGCUUGGAUAGAACCAGGUCUGUGCUAUUAUUUCAUGGAGCAAAGUGCCCCCAGUGCCUGGACAGCCACCCCAGAGACUGCAGCCAUCUUCCCCACAGUGCCAGCAUGGACCCGAGCUACUCAGUGGGGGUAAGUUGGAAGGGAGCACCCUGGGGGUUGUCAGAGCACAUGAACAGGACAACUGAGGUUGUCUGCCCCUGGUUGGGUUUUAGGACUGGGCUCUCUCUACAUGUGGAAACAUGGAGCUGCUGCUUUGCAGGAUGCUUGUUAGCACAAAUAUGUUUGUAUCUGCACCAUGAAGCUUGGCUAUAGUAUUUCUGAGUGAUGAGAUAGCCCUGUGUGUGAAGUGACUACAGAAGUCCAUGUCUUUAGUACUGGAUUAAGUUAGAAAUGCUUUGCUGAAUGCAGUGGCACAGCAGGGAAUGCAGGUCACAUAAUAAAAUCAGUGGGAGAAGUGAGCACAGUAGAUUGAGCAUCUUGGGCUGGAUUUUAAGGUGCACUUUGCCUUACUCAGCUUCUGUUCCCACUGAACCUUUACUGACCAUUUCCAUUACUGAACCUUAACUGAUCUCGGUGGUAGCAGAGUGCAUCCAAAAGCUCAGAAAUCCCCUAUUCUCAAAUUCAGAAAGCAGCAAGAAUUCAGAGGCAGCAAACAAUCCUACACAGAGCGGAGAUACUGGGAAGCAAAGUCACAGGAGAAUUCCUGACUUCUUUGAGCCUGAAAGCUGUUACUCAGUUACCCACCUGCGGCCUUCCUGUGCUGAGGUAGCAGACCUUCAUUGAGGCAGCUCUUAAAAUGUUCUGACAAGGAUACGGACCGGCAGCAGUGAUGGUUUGGAAUCCCAGCAGAAGCACAGCUGCGCGCAGCAGACCCGGGACAUUUCACUUUCCAUUCCUUGCUGCCUGCAGCCCUGCAGGGUGCGGUAGCUGUGUGCUGCUCUGAGCCUUCCAAGGAGCUCAUCAAUGGGAGCAUCAGGAGCCAUUAGGGUGCAUGCAAAGAAACCAUCUGCCAUCUGAGGCCAGCAGCGCGUGUGAAAGAUCCCUUCUAUGUUUAGCAGCAGCACCUCCUCGCAGGGUUACGAGGCAGCUGCUGGAGCUCAGAGGAGGCUGUAAUUCAUACGCUGGAGCCACACGGGGACGGCUGGGCUUUAAUUCCUGUGCUGUAAAGGAAAAGAAGCAAAAGUUGCAUCCAAAGGGCCCACAGAAAGUUGGAGGGUGAGGAGAUCCGUCAUGGAAGGAAGCACUGCUGCACCCGGGGAUGGACACAGCGCACACAGCAG